GCCGCCGCCGCCUCCGCCCGGGCACCGCGGCCUCGCUCAGCAUGGCGGCGGCGGCGGGCGACCGGGCCUGCUUCGUGCUGGGCGCCUCGGGAGAGACGGGCCGGGCGCUGGUGCGGGAGCUGCUGGCGCGGAGGCCCUUCGCCAGGGUGACGCUGAUCGGGCGGCGGCGGCUCAGCCUGGGCGAGGAGACCGGCGCGGCCGUGGAGCAGGUGGUAGUGGAGGACUUCGAGCGGUUGAGCGAGCACGCUUCCGCCUUCCAGGGGCACGACGUCGGCUUCUGCUGCCUGGGCACCACGAGGGCCAAGGCCGGCGCAGACGGCUUCGUCCGUGUGGACCGCGACUACGUGGCACAGGCAGCGGAGCUGGCGCGGGCAGGGGGCUGCAAGCACUUCGUCCUGCAGUCGUCCCAGGGCGCAGACCCGCGCAGCCGCUUCCUCUAUCUCCGCGUGAAGGGAGAAGUGGAGAACCUGGUCCAGGCUGUUGGUUUUGAUCGCUGUACCAUUCUCCGGCCAGCGGUCCUGCUGUGCAAGCGCCAGGAGUCCCGGCCCAUGGAGUGGAUCACCCAGCAGUUUCUGCGUGUUGUGGCCUUGGUCUUCCCCACUGCUUACUCUGUGCCUGUGGAAACGGUGGCCAGGGCUAUGGUGGCCAAUGUGCUGCAGCCAGGCAAGGGCAAGGUGGAAGUGCUGGAGAACAGGGCUAUCCAUGAGCUGGGAAAGGCAGAGCCACAGCAGGGCACAUAAGGUAAAAGUGGUGGGCAGGAAAAAAAACUUGAUGCACUGUUGAGGUGCUCUUCUGGGCAGAGGAUGGAUGCAUGUGUGGGAGAAGGGCUGGGUACUUGCAUGGGUAACGUGGAGGCAGAGGUGUAGUUCUUUGCAUACAGCUGAUUGUGUCGAGGGAUCAAAAGUGCGGGUGCUGGCUGAUGGGUGAGAAAAACCAAUGUGCUGCACUGCCUGAAUCGGGCACGUGAAUCUGGGUAGAAGCGGUGUAAUCCAGCCAAUUUCUUGAAUUCAUGCCUUAAAUAAAACCCUGUAACUGGUC